CUGUGGAACGAUUUAAAUGCUCUGGCAUUUAACUAUCGCAGAAAGUGAUGCUCUUGUGAUAAUUGUGUAGUGAUUCGUGAAUCUCUUCGCAUCGAAGAGGCUUAAAUUAGUUACUAAUAUUUCAAUUUUCGCGUCAUUAAUCUAGCUAGUGACCAUGGAUUUACUUGGCUCAAUCUUAAAUUCCAUGGACAAACCACCGUCAGUGAGCGAUAAGCAAAAAGCAUUAAUGAAAAAACAGCGUGAAGAGCUCGCGAAACGUCAAACGGCUGAGGCAGAAAAAUUAAAAGUUUUCAGAGAGAAGGUCGAAGAGAAAAUUAACAAAUUUCUUCACGAUGGUUCUGCCCGAGAAUAUAAAUUUCAACCCAUGGAUCAGGUGUACAGAAGUAUAGUGCACGAUGUUGCAGAAAUAGCAAAUGUCUUGGCUUAUUCUUUUGGCGUUGAUGGAAUUGAUCGAUACAUAAUAAUCUUCAAAAGAGAACAUGCUCCGUCUGAAGAUCAUUUGAAUGCUUUACGUAGAGGAGAGGAAUGGAAUGAAGAAAUAGCCAAAAGAUUAACUGAAGAGAGAGAGAGACAAGCAUUAGAAGAUGAAGAAACAACCAAAUCUAGAAAAAGAAAACAAGAAUUCAUACCCACGACCAAUUAUAAAGACAAGUACAAACAUUUGAUUGGAGAAGAAGCGGCACUACAAGCUGCUAGAAAAACUGAAACUAACCGUAGCUAUGGUUUUGUGCCCAGCGAAAAUAAAAAGGACCAGCGAAGUAUCGAGGAAACUUUGGCAGAUAUUCGUGCCAAGAAGAAGAAGAUAGAGACAGCAGCGCAAGUUGCUCAACCUGAAGAAACUGUCACUGAAUGAUGACUGAUGGAGUUUACUGCGCACCAUGAAAUUGUAAAUAUUAUACAUUUUAGUCACAAUUGUUCUAUUUAUGACUUACUGUGCAUUAGAUACUUGCAUUGCGUUCACUGGCCAUCCAAAAAUUUCUACUGCCUUUGAAUGCCAAAAAAAAAAAAUCCUCUUAUAAUUAAUUUUUGAUAUUUGUUGCUCAUUGAAAAUCGAAUAAAACUAGACAAACGUUCUGUUUAUUUUUGAUCAUUAAUACUUGCUAGCAAAUCAACGUCUCCUACAAGGAGAAUUCUAGGAAACAGAUAAUUUUUAGGCGGAUACCUUUCCAUCAAAGAUUUACGCCAAUUUUACCUUUAAUUUGUUAUGUACAUAUGAGGAAAAAAGGUAUUGCUGGAAUCUAAAUAUCUAGAUGAACUGUGCCCAUUAUUUAUUUACAAGUUACUGUAUUUAUAAGUAUACCUGCAUAUACCAUGCACAGUCAGUUUGUCGUUGCGUUUAUGAAUCAAAUGGCUCGUCAAAUAUGAUGAAUAAUCAAUUUAGCAGACACUUAAUAAUUAAUUCUUUGCGUGAGCAACUGAUUUAGCAAAAUGUAUUGAGUGUUCUAGAAUUAGCACUCUAUCCGAAUAGUGGUAUGAUAUUUUACAAGUGAAUGAUCGGAGUAUCAGUGAUAGACUGAUUAGUGAAUAAGCACAAUUCGUGGACGAUUCACGCGCGAGAGCGGACUCUUUAUUACGUUAGCUUCUUUUUACAUGUAUUCAGCGUGAGUCCCAAUAUUAAAGUUUUUUAAACAUAA